AUGUCAUUUAUUUUAAAGUUAUUCAUCAUCCUACACUUCGGAAUUGGUUAUAUUUUGCUCUAUACAUACGAACUGAUUUCGAUAUUGUUGACAAAAUUCAAACCAACACUAAUGAACCCAAUUAGACAAUUAAGUCAAAAUGAUGCAUCAUGUAGAACUACUAACCUACCCGACAAUAAAAAGUUAUUUAGAUAUAAAUUGUAUUUAGAUUAUGCUGUAAAUUUGUUGAAAACUACUAAGAAAUCUAGUGUAAUGGAAGCUAUCGAAGUUAUUUUAUAUAUUUUAAAAGACAAUAAAUUGACCAAACUACAAACUGAUUGUUUAUAUCAUUUGGCCAUUGGUUUCUUAAAAUUAAAUGUAAUUAAAGAUGAUUAUUUUAUUCCUUGA